GCCACUGCUCAUUUUGUAGCGUUAGUAAUGGCACUUUUAUUUUGGAGAAUUCAAACGAGUGACAGGAAGUAUGAGUUUUGUUUCUGCUACCUGAACCCACCUGCAGCACACCACACUGUCUCUGUUAGAGGAGUCUGUAGACACCAACCAGGUUCGUAGUCAGACACAUUUACCCUUUGUUCCACGUACGUGUGUUGCUGCACCGUGCUGGAUCAAUACAAGGUGUGAGAGAUGCCCGUCACUGUCGUCAGAGACAAUGGAGUGACUGUGAUCACUGUGGCGAAUGACAGGAAGAGCUCGUUACCACUGCUGUGUCAAAUCCUGAAGACUCUUUGCUUCGGUCCAUCAUGCUGCUCAGUGAAAAAGGGGCUGAUGCAGACCAGUGUGACUGCAGCUCUCGGGACCAUACAGAUCAUGGUGGGCCUGUUCAACAUCGGACUCGGGCCAGGACAAACAUUCAUGCAUCCUCGGGAUCUGACUGACUUAGGUGCUGCGUACUGGCUGGGUGCUGUGUUCAUCAUCACUGGAAUCAUGACCCUUGUUGCCGGGCGGAACCCCUCUCUUUGUUUGGUAGGCUUUGCUGUGUUGAUGAACAUCGUCGGAUCUAUCUUUGCUCUUACUGCCAUCGGGCUCUAUGCCACAGAUUUGACAGAUGCCUCUUCCUACAACAUGUGUUUUGAUGGUAAUUACCGCUACUGCAGAUAUGACGGGCCCAUUGCACGGAAUCUGGUGACAGUCAAGGACGCCACUAUGAUCAUCCUCGCUGUUCUUCAGCUGUUUGUCUGCAUCAGCUUUGCUGGUCUGGCCAUCACGGCUUUGACUGCUGAGAUGAAGAAGGAAGAGGGUGGCAAAGAUGUUGAAGAUCAGCAGCCACAGUUGAAGGAAAUCCUCCUGACCAGUCCUGGUGCUUAAAAUCAACUCAGCUUAACACGUGGAAGCAUGACUCUGAGUCGAUGUAAUAUUUGUGCUUUUACACACACUUGCUCAAAGUAAUCAAAACUGCUUCAUAUCACAGGGACACUUUUUUCCAGCUGAUGCAUGUGUUUAAGUUUUUUUUCUAUCUGCUUAUGAAUUAUUUUUUUUAAAGGAAACUUGAAUAAAAAAACAUGAAAUGGUGAAAACAGUCAAAA